GAAGCCAUUUCUUUGUUUCUCAGGCUGGGAGGGAUUUGGCAGGGGGAAGACAUUCUUGACGCUUUCUCUGCCAUCUCUUCUGCCUUCUCUGUCGUCUCUUCUGUGUUUUGAAGUGAGAAAAGCCGCCAUGAAGCCAGCUCAGGGCCGGGUGUCCUUCGAAGAGGUGGCUGUGUAUUUCACCUGGGGGGAGUGGAGCCUGCUGAGCCGAGCCCAGAGAGCUCUCUACAAGGAAGUCAUGCUGGAGAAUUUUGGGCACGUGGCCUCUCUGGGACCUCAGAUUGCCAAACCUGAACUCAUAUCCUGGCUGGAAGAGGAGGAGGAGCUGUUUCUCCUGGGCUCUGAUGAAGGGGAGAGAUUGGCAGCAGGAGCCGUGAGGGAGUCAGAAAAUGAAAUGAAAGAAUAUCCAGUGAUGGAUAAAGAGGAUAUGAAUUCAGCUGUAGAAGAGAAGGUUGAAUAUUGUGAUGCCCUCAGGAAGGAAGAAGGAAGACAUCUUUAUAAUGAGAGAAAUACUUCUGGACUUUUAGAGGCAAGCGACUCUCUAUUGCAACAACUAUACGAAAGAGACAAUAGGAAUGAGCUCACAGCAAGUGGGGAAAAUUUUCUUGAAAAAUCAGUUAUAAAUAUUCAUUGGGACACUUAUAAUGAAAAGAAAAUAUAUAAAUGCCUAGUGUGUGGGAAAAGCUUUGGAUGGAAAUGUAGCCUAAUUUCCCAUCACAGGAUUCACACAGGAGAGAAACCAUACAAAUGCCUGGAGUGUGGAAUCAGCUUCAGGUGCAAAUUUAGCCUAAUUUCCCAUCAAAUAAUUCACACAGGAGAGAAACCAUAUAAAUGUCUGGAGUGUGGAAAAAGCUUCCGUCACAGUACAUCUCUUUUUCCUCACCAAAGAAUUCACACAGGGGAAAAACCAUAUAAAUGCCUAGAGUGUGGGAAAAGUUUCAGCCGGAAUGAAAACCUUAUUGUCCACCAAAGAAUUCACACAGGGGAAAAACCAUAUAAAUGCCUGCAGUGUGGGAAAAGUUUUAGUCAAAGUAGAAAACUUACUGUCCAUCAAGGAAUUCACACAGGAGAGAAACCAUAUAAAUGCCUGGAGUGUGGAAAAAGUUUCCGUUACAGCACAUCUCUUUUUCCCCACCAAAGAAUUCACACAGGAGAGAGACCAUAUAAAUGCCGAGAGUGUGGAAAAAGUUUCAGUCGGAAUGAAAACCUUACUGUUCAUCAAACAAUUCACACAGGGGAAAAACCAUAUAAAUGUCUGCAGUGUGGGAAAAGUUUCAGUCAAAGUAGAAAACUUACUGUCCACCAACAAAUUCACACAGAAGAGAAGCCAUAUAAAUGCCUCGAAUGUGGAAAAAGUUUCAGUCAAAAUAAAAACCUUACUCUCCACCAAAGAAUUCAUACAGGGGAGAAACCAUAUAAAUGCCUGGAGUGUGGUAAAAGUUUCACUCGGAGUGGAAGCCUUUCUUCCCACCAAAGAAUUCACACUGGGGAGAAACCAUAUAAAUGCCUGGAGUGUGGAGAAAGCUUCAGUCAGAAUGGACACCUUACUCGCCAUCAAAUAAUUCACACCGGAAAGAAACCGUAUAAAUGCAUGGAGUGUGGUAGAACCUUCCAGCAGAGUGGAAGCCUUGCUUCCCACCAAAGAAUUCACACAGGAGAGAAACCUUAUAAAUGCCUGGAGUGUGGUAAAAGCUUCAGUCGGAGUGGACAUCUUACAGACCAUCAAAGAAUUCACACAGGGGAGAAACCAUAUAAAUGUCUGGAGUGUGGGAAAAGCUUCAGUAACAGCAGUAACUUUUCUUCCCACCAAAGAAUUCACACAGGGGAGAAACCAUAUAAAUGUCUGGAGUGUGGAAAAAGAUUCAGUCGGAGUGACAAUCUCACUUCCCAUCAAAGAAUUCACAGGGGAAAUACCAUAUAAGUGUCUGGAAAAUGGAACAGGCCUUGGUUUGAGUUAACAUCUUUUUUCCUAUAAAGUAAGAGUGGGGGAGUGUCAUACCCAGCAGCCUUCACUCCAGUCAUAAGUACAUUCAUGUCCUCCCUCAGAUCAGCUCACUCUUCAUGUGAUCUACCGACCUCCAGUUUAUGCUCAUGACAACAAUCCUAUGAAGUAGAUUAUGUUGAGAGGGUGAGACUGGGAUAAAGUCAGCCAGCCACCUUCCUUGGCAGGCUGGGGAUUCAAUCCUGAGUUUCUCAGAUCCCAAUCUGACUCUCUAACCACUAUUUCACAGACUCUGUAACGUCAGCUUAUUGCUGGGAAGCCAGUAGCCUGUUUCCAGACGCCUUUCUUCAUUUUCUGAUGAGGUAUGCCUGCCAUGAACAGGCAAAGAUGUGCACAAGUGGACGGACAGAUGCCUCCUUUUAUUAUUGUAGUUUAGUUUCAUGUGGUAUUUUACAGACCAAUCCUUGUUUGAAAUUGCUAGUUUUGAAGAAGCCUUGUUGGGUACCAACUUUUUGUGGCGUACGGAGAUUGUAAGCCUGUGAAGCUGGCGGAUUUUGGAGGGAGGGGCAGAGAACAAAAUGUUUCUCUGUGAGGUAGGCUCUGGUGGUGUUUUGUGAGGAGAGUUCUUCUGAGGGGGGAAAGGGCAAUUUCUGAAGAAUAAGAGCAAUGGAAGCCAUUUGAGGAGAAGGAGCAUCCCAUGGAGCAUACAGAAGAGCCAGAAGAGGAGCUUAAAGCAGAGCUGGUACGUCUGGAGAGCUGGAGUGGAAGCAGGACGGAGAGACAUUCAAGCUGCAGCAAGAACAGAGAGUGAGAGACUUUCACAAGGCUGCAGAAAGAGCACGAAGGCUUGGACUGCCUCUUUGGUUCUGUAGAUGUAUG